GUGGAGCGUAAGCCCUGAUUGGCUGUACGGAAGGCGGCUACGUGGCCGAAGGAGGCCGAUCUAUGUCUAAACUGAGGCUCCGCCACAACUCCACUGGAUUGGUGGAGCAUCAGCAUGUGCCCAUCGACAUCCAGACCAGCAAGCUGCUCGAUUGGCUGGUGGACAGAAGACACUGCAGCCUGAAAUGGCAGAGUCUGGUGCUGACGAUCCGAGAGAAGAUCAAUGCUGCCAUCCAGGACAUGCCAGAGAGUGAAGAGAUCGCCCAGCUGCUGUCUGGGUCCUACAUUCACUACUUUCACUGCCUAAGAAUCGUGGACCUUCUCAAAGGCACAGAGGCCUCCACGAAAAAUAUUUUUGGCCGAUAUUCUUCACAGCGGAUGAAGGAUUGGCAGGAGAUCAUAGCCCUGUAUGAGAAGGACAACACCUAUUUAGUGGAACUCUCUAGCCUCCUUGUUCGGAAUGUCAACUAUGAGAUCCCCUCACUGAAGAAGCAAAUUGCCAAGUGCCAGCAGCUGCAGCAGGAAUACAGCCGCAAGGAGGAGGAGUGCCAGGCAGGGGCUGCCGAGAUGCGGGAGCAGUUCUACCACUCCUGCAAGCAGUAUGGCAUCACGGGUGAAAAUGUGCGAGGAGAAUUGCUGGCCUUGGUGAAGGACCUGCCAAGUCAGCUGGCUGAGACUGGGGCAGCAGCUCAGUCCCUGGGGGAAGCCAUCGACCUGUACCAGGCCUCUGUGGGGUUUGUGUGUGAGAGGAUUGAUUGGGGCGACUUUGGGGUGGAGGCACUGUCUGAGGGGACUGACUCUGGCAUCUUUGCCGAGGCUUCUGCAAUUGACUGGGGCAUCUCCCUGGAAUCAGACUCAAAGGACCCUGGAAGUGAUGGGAUAGACUGGGGAGACGAUGCUGCUGCUUUGCAGAUCACAGUGCUGGAAGCAGGAACUCAGGCUCCAGAAGGUGUUGCCAGGGGCCCAGAUGCUCUGACACUUCUUGAAUACACUGAGACCCGGAAUCAGUUCCUCGAUGAGCUCAUGGAGCUUGAGAUCUUCUUAUGCCAGAGAGCAGUAGAGCUGAGUGAGGAGGCAGACGUCCUGUCUGUGAGCCAGUUCCAGCUGGCUCCAGCCAUCCUGCAGGGCCAAACCAAAGAGAAGAUGGUUGCUAUGGUGUCAGUGCUGGAGGAUCUGAUUGGCCAGCUCAUCAAUCUUCGACUGCAACACCUGUUUAUGAUCCUGGACUCACCAAGGUAUGUGGACCGAGUGACUGAAUUCCUCCAGCAAAAGCUGAAGCAGUCCCAGCUACUGGCUUUGAAGAAAGAGCUGAUGGUGCAGAAGCAGCAGGAGGCACUUGAGGAGCAGGCGGCCCUGGAGCCUAAGCUAGACCUGCUGCUGGAGAAGACCAAGGAGCUACAGAAGCUGAUUGAAGCUGACAUCUCCAAGAGGUACGGUGGACGGCCUGUGAACCUAAUGGGAACCUCUCUGUGAAACCUUCCGUGUUCUUGCCUGCCCAUCUUCUCAGCCUUUGCGAUGAAGAUGAUAGCCAAGGCUGAUGUUUUGGGGCCCUUCAAGGCAAAAGACCAGGCUGACUGGAGGAUAGAAAGCCACAGGAAGGAAGUGACACCCGAUGGUGAUCUUGGUACUCUCCAUGCUCUCUAUAAGAAGCUGUUGUGAUUGGCCCUGUGACCUAUCAGGUGAAAACCACAGCUUCUCCUUCUAGUUAGUGUAGUGGACUUAAUAAAAGAGGAAAAAACUCUUGCUUUGGUA